AUGGGUAUCGACUUCACUGUGUUCAAAGGUUCAAAAUCCGGAGAAAUACUGGAGUCCAAAGGGCACAGGGAUGUUGGUCCAACACAGGCUCUCGUCGAACUGUCGCAUUGUGGUGUUUGCGGUACGGAUGAGCAUUACAAGCAUGCAGACCAAGGCCUUGGCCACGAAGGCGUGGGAAUAAUUAAGGAGGUCGGAAGCCUUGUCGAGCUGAUAUCGGAUUUGAGAGUUGGUGAUCGUGUUGGUAUGGGUGUGAGUACUCUCACGCUCUUGAGAGGACCUUGCGCUCCAACCUCAGGCCAGCACUUCAAGUGUCAGAAUAGCGAACAAUUCGGGACCGCCAACCUGGACCAAGGUUGUUUCGGUAGCGGUGUGGCUUGGGAUGUGACGGCCCUAUUCAAAAUCCCCGACGAAAUCUCUUCCGAGUCCGCAGGCCCAUUGAUGUGUGGUGGUGCCACUGUCUGGGGCCCAUUGUAUGAACAUGGCUUCAAGGCAGGCGACCGCAUCGGUAUCAUAGGGAUUGGAGGUUUGGGACAUCUCGCCAUUCAAAUGGCAUCGAAGAUGGGUAUGGAAGCCGUGGUCUUCAGUGGAACCCAAUCGAAGAAAGAAGAGGCGUUCCAGCUCGGCGCGAGCGAAUUCUAUGCUACUAAGGGCGUCACGAAGCUCCAAGGGGUACAGCUUGUGGAUGGUUUGUUGAUCACGACUUCGGUGCUGCCUGAUCUCGCUCUGUACCUUCCUAUUCUUGCACCAUUCGCGAAGAUCUUUCCGCUCACCAUCAGCAUGGAUAAGAUUCCAGUCCCCGCGCUCCCAUUUGUGUUGUAUGGUUAUAGCAUCAUUGGGAGCGGAGGAGCGCAUCCGCAAUCAAUCAAGGCGAUGCUAAGGUUCUGCGCGAAGCACGACAUCAAGCCUGUUAUCGAGAAGUUCCCCAUGACAAAGCAAGGCGUCAAUGAAGCCAUGAAGAAGCUGGAAGAGGGUAAAGUAAGGUAUAGAGGUGUACUCGUCGUCUAG